GAUUUGAUCUAAUUCAUUUCCGGCUUUUUUAUAGAUUUCCUCAAGAUAAUUGUGACUCAUUUCUUGAGUUAUCAUGGUGGACUUUUUCGUUGCCAUCUCAUUGAUGAUAAUCCUGCUUGGGUCAUCCACCCAGGGAGGUAACCUCGGGUCUAACACUUCCCCCUACUUUAACGAGGACGACAGUGCCUGAGCCAGCCAAGACUUGACCAGGUCGGUGUGGAUGCCUGCUCAAGACCCCGGGGGUUACACGAAGAAGGACUGUGUUUGCAACAUUCCAACUGAAUCAACAUUAAAAGGCGCGUUACUUUGGCAUUAUGGGUGUUGCGGCACGGAAGGUGCAUGGGUGAGGGUGAGGUUGUCCACUGCCACCACACACAUCAGACCCCCUGGUGGGAAGGGGGCGUGGGGGAAGAUGGAGUCAAGGGGGAGGUGCUCAAGCAGCCUAUAUUGAGCUCAGCAGACAAGCGUUGUCAGUGCGUUCCCAAUCAGAUGCGGCGAGGCUGUAGUGUAGUGUUGAGAUAAAAGUGCACCAGUGCAUUCUCGAGUAUUGGAGUUAAUAAUAAGUGUAACCGCCGCCUCCCUCGUCCACCCUAGAGAAGCCUUGCUCGACGCUACACACAUUACAGCUAGGAUUUGUUCCUAGCUCGACCCUGCAAGCACAUCUGAGUAUCCUCUCCGUGUUCCCUGCCUCAAGCACAGUUCACCCGCCAUCUUCCCCCACCACACUACGGGCGCCAGGACCAGCUGCUGGUGCCUGACGACAGCAGCAGCAGCCUACCCGUACGCCCAGGCCAUACCCCACUCCUUACAACGAAUAUUGACCAUCGUCCUGAAGCAUAAUGUCUGAGUUAGGCUACAAGAAGAACGAUCCCACCUUCUGCUCCCGGGCCAUCCAUGAAGGCAACGAACCUGAACAGUGGAACCAUUUAGCACUUGUUCCGCUAAUUUCCUUGUCAACAACGUAUAAGCAAGAAGGUCCUUCUGAGUUUAAAUUGUAUAAGUACGGUCGCUCAGGCAACCCAACCAGACAUUGCCUCGAGAAGUGCCUGGCAUCAGCUGAAAACGCCAAGCACUGCUUAGUAACAUCUUCAGGUAUGGCAGCCGUGACCGCAAUAACUCACCUCAUCUCUGCUGGGGAGCACAUCAUCGCCACGGACGAUAUCAAUAAUGGCACCAACAUAUACUUCAAUAACGUGGCCUCAAGGAUGGGAAUUGAGGUAGAUUUUGUUGAUGCUGUUGAUUUAAAGAAUGUGGAAGCAGCAUUUAAACCCAACACGAAGAUGGUUUGGAUUGAAUCUCCAACCAAUCCUACAAUGAAGAUUGUUGACAUUGCAGCUGUGGCAGCCAUAGUGAAAAAGCAUACCACAUCAUUCAUGGUUGUGGAUAACACAUUUAUGUCUCCAUAUUUUCAACGACCUCUUGAUCUUGGAGCAGAUUUAGUGAUGCAUUCGAUAACGAAGUAUAUCAACGGACACACUGACGUUAUCAUGGGAGCUGUCUGCACUAAUCGAGAUGACCUUCAUGAUGAACUUCGUUUCUUCCAAAAUGCUAUUGGAUCUGUUCCUUCCCCACUUGAUUGUUACUUGGUUAAUCGGUCACUCAAAACCUUGGCACUGAGAAUGGAACAACACAUGAAGAAUGGUUUAGCAGUGGCCAAGUUUUUGGAGACUCACCCUUGUGUGGAGAAGGUCAUUCACCCUGGGUUACCAUCUCACCCUCAGCAUGAGCUGUCGAAGCGUCAGUGUUACGGCCACUCCGGCAUGUUCUCCUUCUGCAUCAAGGGAAACACUUUAAAAGCAUCGACUCACUUUUGCAAGCAGUUAAAGAUGUUUACUUUCGCAACUAGCUUGGGAGGGGUUGAGUCUCUCUGUCAACUUCCGUGUGUGAUGAGCCACAAGUGUCUGCCAGCAGAGACUAGAGAGAACUUGGGCAUCACAGAUGGCCUUGUCCGUGUGUCGUGUGGCUUAGAGCCGGCUCACCACCUCAUCAAAGACCUUGAUCAAGCUCUCAGAGCUGUGGUCCCAAAUGACGAGGAAACUGUACCAGUAAAAUGCCUAGAAGAUAAUCUAAAGGCCUGUGGGAUAUAAUUAUCUAGUGCAAUAGACAAUGUUUGUCUGUGUGGGGACCAAACAUAUUUGUGAUUAUAACUUGAUAUUGGUUUGGUGUUGGGCUUGGGAUCUAUCAGUCUCCGGAGGGUUAUUAAGGUUAUUAUUACUGGAUAAAAAACCCACACUUGUCUAUUUGUGAAACUUAUGUAAGGAUUUUACAGUCUUUCGCACUCUUCUGAGUGUGUGUGAAAGACUUGGUGUAAAUUCCUUACAUGAGUUUCAUAAAUUCACAAGUGUGGUCUUUUUUUUUACCCUAUGUUAUUAUGUGAGUGAGAAGACAUUACCGUUGCUAAUUGUUGAUGUUGAUGAUGCUAUUUUGUUAUGGUGUUAUUGUUAUUGUUACGUGGGCAACAAGCACUGCUGCUACCAAUUGUAACGUUACAUACAUGUCCCCAUUGUAACACUUCCCACAAAAACUCACCGUAAUGGUUGCUAAACAAAAACUGGUAAAACUUUAGGCUGUAAUAAUUGUAUUUUGCCAGUUCUCUGGGGUGAUAGUCUGCCCUCGCAUCAGAAAAUGCACAAACCAGUUAUCGGGGGGGGGGGGGGGGGAGAGAAAUGUCCAAGAUGUUAAACAUAUCUUUGCAAUUCUUACACAUCAGAUGGAAGAUCAGUUUACUCAUAAACAUAUAAUGCUGCCACCACUCCUGGAAGAAUGAUAAUUAGGCUAAUUGACUCAUGAGAAGAUCAGUCAAAUAAUACCGAGUGUGAGGGAACUUUAAUCUUUUAAUACUUACUGGGUGAAUGGAAUUCCCUUUUAAAUCAACUUCAUGAAUACAAGGGAGAAUAUAUUGACUCAUCAAAAUGGUCAUAAGAUCACAGGUGAUGUCCAAUGCACUUCAGGAUAAACCAUCCACUAGACAGUGUGAUAUUGUAAUUGCCAGAAUUAGGCUGGGGUAUCGAUAUCUGUGGAAGGUGGCUGCAGGUAAUGAAUCCCCCAAUGGUGAACAUUCCAAUUGUAAACUAUGUGAA